AUGGUUCGAAUCGCAAUCGCCGGUGGCUCUGGCCAAGUUGCACAAGAAAUCAUUGACGAACUAGUCCUCACAAAGAAACACGACAUCAUCAUCUUGAGCAGAAAUCUAACACUGGCCCCCAAGGAACUCGUCGCAGAAGAAAGCAGACAUGGUGUUACGUGGCACACAGUCGACUUUGACGACAAGAAUGAGCUGGCAAAUGCACUGCGUGGUGUCCACAAUGUCUUGUCAUUUAUCCAGCUUCUGAACGAUACGGACAACAAAUCUCAGAAGAAUCUGAUUGACGCUGCCGUCAUUGCUGGUGUCAAGCGCCUGGCUCCAAGCGAAUGGGGAAGUUCUGGUAUCGACAACAUGCCCUGGUGGACGGGGAAAAAGGCAAUCAGGGAGUAUCUAGAGAAGCUGAACGAGAAUGAACCGGUCCUCGAGUAUUCUCUAUUCCAACCCGGCCUGUUUCUGGAUUACCUCGCAUACCCUCACCAAACCUCGAGACACGUUACACCACUCAGUACCAUGUUUGACUUUGAGAACCGACGUGCCAUUUCGAUUGAGGGCUGCGAUCCCGUCAUCACCUUGACCACGGUCAGAGAUUUGGCGAAGUUUGUUGCGCAGGCUGUCGAGUACGAGGGUACCUGGCCCGUCAAUGGGGGUAUUCAAGGAAACAAGGUUUCAUUUUCAAAGAUUCUCGAGAUUGGCAAAGGAGUUUGUGGCACUCCCUUUAGUGUCGAUCAAGUAAAGCUCGAGGAUCUCGAGGCAGGGAUCCUCACGACCUCUUGGGGUCUACGAGCACGUCACCCGUCCCUCGCCGAGGACAAGGCUGCGGAUAUGCUCAAGUCAGUACUGAUAGGAAUGCUCCUGAGUAGCGCAAAGGGGGCUUGGACGGUAUCGGACGACUUUAAUCGCUGCCUACCUGAUUUCAAGUUUACCAACAUUGGGGAUUUCCUAGCUAAUGUUUGGGGGUCUUGA